AUGGCUACCCCCAGUGUCCUUACCUUUGAUGCUGAGGGUCGUGCUGUUGACUUCGAGGUCUGGGUCGAUGACCUACAGCUCUUCCUACAGUGCGAUAGGGCAGACGGACUCUCCCUGAUCGAUCUCACCUCUGGUGCCUCUCUUGCCCCGCCUGCUGAUGCUGACAGCACUUUCCGCUCACAGUGGGCCAUACGCGAUGCUGCUGCUCAUCUUGCUGUGCACCGCCACUUACCAACCACUGAGCGUACGCACUUUAGUCAGUACGAGAGUGCUAAGACCUUGUACGACGUUGUCGUUGCACGCUACUCUUCCCCUGCCACUGCUGCCCUUAGUCGCCUCAUGCUGCCGUACCUGUUCCCUGACCUCGCCGCCUUUCACACUGUCGCUGACCUCAUUACGCACCUUCGCACAAGUGACACACGCUACCGCGCUGCGCUUCCUGCUGAGUUCUGCGCCAAGAACCCUCCCCCCAUGUACAUCACCCUCUACUACAUAGUCACCCGGCUCCCUGACUCCCUUCGCUCGGUCAGGGACCACUUCCUCUCUGUUUGCCCCACCACACUCACCGUUGACCUCCUCGAGGAGCGCCUCCCGGCAGCUGAGAAGAGUAUAGUAGCUGUAGGAGCCUCUCGUGGUGACCCUCAUGCCCCCUUCUUUCAGGGGUGCUCCCCCUCCCACCUGUUGCCCUCUGUUGCCUCUGCUGCUGCCGUCGGCCUCGUUGGCUUCGAGUCAGUUGGAGCUGCGUCUGCCCCUAGCGGGAGUCGCCGCACCGGCAAGGGCAAGGGGGGCAAGGGCGCUGGAGGGGCUGGCGGGGGCGGUGGAGGUGGCGGUGGAGGCAGUGGAGGGGGUGGGGGUGGUGGUGGGAGUGGUGGUGGGGGUGGAGGUCGAGGUGGGGGUACUGGUCCCUAUACCUACGUCCUCCGUACCGGCGACCGCGCUGGUGAGCAGUGCGGGGGCUCGCACUCCACCCAGCGCUGCUUCGGCCGCCUGACGGACGCUUGGCGUCACCAGUUCCCUGACGCCACUGAGAUCCCUCGCUGGGGAGAGCUGUGUAGGGCGGGGGUUGCUAUCUUUGAUCUUGAUUAUGAUGCUAUUCUUGCUGCCAUGUAUGCUGUUUCUACUAGUGAUGAGGGUGACUGUUACCUGUGUGUUCCGCCUGACCCGGGCAUUGAGGCUGCUGCUCUAGGUGUUGGUGAGGCUGCUACUCUAAGUGCUAGUGCGUCUGCUGCCCCAGGUGCUGGUGAGUCUGCUCUCUCAGCCCCCUCUGGCACCCAGUCAGGUCUCUACCUCCCCUUGUUCUCUACGAACUUGGUGAGUGGUGCUGACCUACAGGAUGGGGGGGUUGACCAGUUCACUCCUGCGGGUCAGCGGGCGGAAGAGGAGGAAGAACGCGAAGAACCAGCGGGCGCGCGGGACCAGCCUCAAAGCGUGGGAGUGCGCGGAGGCGAGCAACACGACCAUGGCGACGAUUCCCUGGCAGCGCGGGGUGGCGACGCAAGUGGUGACGGCGAAGAUUCCCCGAUCGUGCAGGGCGAGGGAAGGCAAGGCGAUCGCGAAGAUUCCCCAGUUGCGCGGGGCGGCGAGGAGCUUGUCGAACAUCAAGACUCCCCAAUUGCGCGGGGCGGCGAGGAGCACGGUGACCACGAGGAGGACGCCCCAGUUGCGCGGGGAGGCAGGAGGCGCGACGGCGGGGAAGAUUCCCCGACAGCGCGGGGUGGUGAGAAGCGCGGAGCCAUGAGAGGUGCCCCACCUGCAGGAGGAGGGGGACGGUGUGAGGACAUGGAGUGGAUUCGACACGGGGAAGCUCGCGAAUAUUACAACAAAGAUGGUGGAAGAGACAACUUGCCUACGGGAGGGCGAGAGCAGAGCGCGAGGCGCGAACGUAGCAAGGAAGAUGCGUGCGGGUCAAGGAUGCGGCGCGGAGACGAAGGAGAAGGGCGUACGGCGAGCAAUGUCUUCCUCUCUCCUGAGCCGAGGCCGGGGUACGACCGCAGCCGCCGCAUGGCGAUGGGCGGAAGUCAAUGGCAGCACAAAGCAGAGCGGGACGGGGAGAGGAACAAGGACGGAAGACGACGAAGGAGCCCGCCUGAGAGGGAGUGGAGGUAUGAAGAGGACAGGCGAGUCAGGAGAGAAGGCGCAGGAGCGCCAGAAGCACCGAGGGCAGCAUAG